AUGACCUCCACAAGACUUCAAUAUCGACGACGGAACCCAUACAACACGCGAUCUAAUAAGGUCCGUGUUAUCAAGACCCCAGGCGGCAACCUUCGAUACCUUCACAUCAAGAAGAAGGCCUCUGCUCCCAAAUGUGGUGAUUGUGGAAUCAAGCUCCCAGGUAUUCCUGCUCUUCGCCCACGUGAAUACUCCCAAAUCUCCCGCCCAAAGAAGAACGUCACCCGUGCCUAUGGUGGUUCCCGCUGUGGAAACUGUGUCAAGGACCGCAUCGUCCGCGCUUUCUUGAUUGAGGAGCAGAAGAUCGUCAAGAAGGUCCUCAAGGAAUCACAGGAGAAGGCCGCCACCUCGUCCAAGAAGCGAUAG